CUGGACUUCAAGUCACCUGAUGACCCCAGCAGAUACAUCACCCCUGACCAGCUAGCUGACCUGUACAAGUCCUUCAUCAAGGACUACCCAGUGGUGUCUAUUGAAGAUCCCUUUGACCAGGAUGACUGGGAGUCUUGGCAGAAGUUCACUAGUAGUGCAGGAAUCCAGGUGGUAGGCGACGAUCUCACGGUGACCAACCCAAAGCGGAUUUCCAAGGCUGUGAGUGAAAAAUCGUGCAACUGCCUCCUGCUCAAAGUGAACCAGAUCGGCUCCGUGACUGAGUCCCUUCAGGCGUGCAAGAUGGCCCAGUCCAAUGGUUGGGGCGUCAUGGUGUCUCAUCGUUCCGGGGAGACUGAAGAUACCUUCAUCGCGGACCUGGUGGUG